AUGGCAGGUCGUGCGAAGAAUAGACAAGUGACGAUGAACGAUAUUCACAUUGAGAUCGACAAAACAGAUGUCGCGCCUCAUGAUGAAGAAAUGAAUGAAAACCGACAAGUAAUGAGCAAUGGUCCUGAAAUCGAAAGCCAUUCACCGAACGAGUUUCAAAUGUUGCAUUUGAACUUGAAGAAAGAAGACACACUUGAUCAAAGACAAGAGGAACUAACAAUGGAAGAACCUGAUAAAGUACUAACUGAUCCUAUGACAAAAAAUCAUCGAGUCGUAGACAUUGGUUUACAAGAAACAGAGCCGACUACUACGAAAACCGUCAAUGAUAUUAUAGCGGAUCCGAGUCCUAUUAUAGGAUAUGCCGAUGAGCCUUUAUUACCACUCGUCGAAGCAUGCGCUCCACUGACUGACAUCAUUGAAAAUCUGUUAUUCUACGUUGAAUUAGCAUUGAACGAAACUUCAGAGCAGCCACCAGACCAUCUAACAAUCGAUGAGAGUGCUGCAAUUCGCCUGUACACGAUUGAAUGGGAAGGAUCGCGUAAUAGUCUAUAUUCAAAGCUCAAUCGUGCUCUCAAGUCAGUCGAUCGCGAGAAUCUUCGACCUUAUUUCAGAUAUCUGAAGUUGCUUCUAACUGCCUUGGUCAAGCUACCAUGUGUUCCACCAGUAACCAUUUGGAGAGGAGUGACCAAAAAUAUGAGCGCACAAUUUCCGCCCGGUACCCGAGUGACAUGGUGGUCAUUUUCGUCUUGCACGUGUUCAUUGCCCGUACUUGAAAACAACAUGUAUUUGGGUAAUACAGGCAACCGGACACUAUAUUCUGUCGAAGCUAUUAAUGGUAGAGCAAUACAAGCACAUUCACAUUUCGUUAACGAAGAUGAACUUCUUCUUCUGCCGGGUACUGAAAUGAUAGUUCAGUCGCAAUUCAGCCCGGCAUCCGAUCUUUAUAUUAUUCAUUUGAAACAAGUGGUACCCAAUGAAGUGCUACUGGACCCUCCAUUCGAAGGUAUUUAA